AUGGGCCAGCACUCGGUUCUCGCCGCCGUCUGCACGCUCGCAUUGCUGCUCGCGUCAGCUGCCGCGCGGCCCAGCAAGGAGGAUUUGAUUAACGAGGUGAAGGCGGCCCGGGAAGCGCUCAAGGACCCCAAAUUGAACGGAAAAUACAAGGGCAGCGGCGCAAUGAUGGACCAACUCGUCCCAAUAUUGGAGACCGACUGGAACCCAACGGACUCAUACCUCGCCAACACGGAGGGAAAAACCGUCCUCCUACCCGACGAUACGGCCAUCGCUUCCGCGGCGCCUGACGCGGUUACCACGUUCGCGACAUCCAAGUUCAAGCGCAGCGACGUUACCCCGUACGGGAAUUGGAUUCGCGCGAACAUGCUGGACGGAGUGUACGAGGAGGACGACCUAAAAUCCGCUCAAGGUCUGAAGAACGCGAAUGGGCACAAGGUGGAUACGGCGGAGGUUUUGGACUCCAAGACUGGAAAGAAGAAGGUGGCGAUCGGGAAGGGCAAGGCGAAGAUCAAGGAACCGACAAUUUUCAGAGGGAAGAUUUUCAUCAUGCAUGGCGUGGAUGCGGUGCAGCCGCGGGAGGUGUAA